AUGGUGUACAUGAGUUAUUUAGAAAAGAAGGAGCUACAAACCUUCAAGAAGAUGUUGAUGCAUGAGCAGUUCCUGCCGGACACUCUCGGCAUCACCUGGGAGCAGCUGGACAGAGCCAACUGGGCAGAGAUGGUUCAUCUCUUAAUAGAAGUUUUUCCUGGAGUACUAGCUUGGCGUGUGGUUCUUGAAAUCUUGAACACAAUGAACAAGAGAAGAAUUUGUUCCCUGGUCGAGAAGGAGCUAAAGGAUCAAAUACAGGCAUACAGACAACACGUGGUGAAAGAUAAUUUCCCUGAAUGGGACAAAACCAUCUGGCCUGGAAACCAAGAAGAUUUCUUGUACAGAGAAGUGGAAAAACACAACGCUAUCUUGCCAUAUCUCUUUCUACCCAGGAGUCCCCGGGGGAGACAGCCCAAUACUGUGGUCAUCCAUGGAAUUCCUGGUAUUGGAAAAACAACCCUGGCCAGAAAGAUCAUGGGGAUGUGGGCACACGAUAAGUUCUACGCGCACAAAUUCAAGUAUGCUUUCUAUUGCCACUGCCGGGAACUGAACAGGGUGGGGAAGUGCAGUUUCUCUGAGUGGAUCGAGGCCCAAGGGCUUAGGUCUCAGGCGCUUGUGUCUAAGAUUUUAUCCAGACCAGAUCAACUUCUGCUCCUAUUUGAUGGCUUUGAGGAAGUCACAUCUUCCCUCAUCACAGGGACAACUGGUCUGAUAGAAGACUGGAACAAGAAGCUGCCUGGGACUCUUCUCCUGGGCAGUUUGCUAAGCAAAAAGAUGCUUCCAGAAGCCACACUCCUGAUCAUGGUGAGACCGACCUCCUGGAAAGGAGUUAAAUUCUUAGUCAAAAAUCCCUCCCAUGUCACCCUGACAGGAUUUAAUAGGACUGAAACACUCAACUAUUUCGGGUUGUACUUCAAAGGGAAAAUGAUGGGCGACGAAGCUGUGGAUUUUGCCAUGAAAAACGCCAUCCUCUUGUCCAUGUGUCGGGUCCCUGUGAUAUGCUGGGUGGUAUGUCAUUGUCUAAGGACACAAAUGGAAGGGACAGUAGAUCUCACAAAGGCUUGCCCAAAUGCGACAUCUGUGUUUGUCUUGUAUCUGGCAACCCUGUUCAGUACAAUAUUUCAGAAACUUUCCAGUAGAGAUUACCAAAAGCAACUGGAAGGUGUGUGCCAUCUGGCUGCCCACGGUGUAUGGUCCCGGAGGAGUGUAUUUAAUAAGGCAGAAUUUCAGUAUGUCAUGGUGGCAGAGACCACCAUAGACGCUUUUCUUCAAGUGAACAUUCUUCGAAAGCUAGAAGGCCAAGGGGACCGUUACAUGUUUGCCCUGUUUAUCUUCCAGGAAUUUUUGGGUGCCUUGUUUCACAUUCUCUGUUAUGCUGAAAAAGACAUAUACUAUCACUGGUUGAGCCGCAAAGACAUCCAGGAUCUGAUCAUUUUGUCAAGAGAAAGCGAAACCUAUGAUUCUCAGAUGGGGCUUUUCUUUUUUGGUCUUUUAAAUGAUGAGUGUGCUGAGAUUGUGUUGAGAUCCUUCAAGUGUCAGUUAUUCUUUGGUAACAAAUUAAAGGCCGUAAAAGUGAUAAACACAUUGAAUAACAAUCAGUGCUGUGAGACCUCACAGCUAUUCCACUGUCUGACUGAAACCAGGGAGGAGAACUUUGCCAUCAGUUCACUGGAGGGUUAUCAAAAAGUUUCUUUGAAAAUCAAGAGCCAAGAAGACCUCGAGGCAUCUGCUUUUUGCCUUAAGCACUGUCGAGAUUUGAAGAAAGUAGAACUGACUCUCUCAAGAGACUUCUACAAGGAACUGGGGCCCAGCUCAGCAGGUCUUUCCUGUGGCAUUCAAGUGAAAGAGGAUGAGAUUCUUUUCGACUGGUGGCAAGAUGUCUGCUCUGUGUUUGAAACAAGUGAAAAUUUGGAAGUGCUGACUGUGUCUAACAGCGUCAUGAAUGCCCCAGUGAUGCAGAUACUCGCCACCACCCUGAAGAAGCCCCAGUGUAAGCUGCAAAGACUACAGCUGGAGAACUGUAACCUCACUGAGGUCUCUUGUGAAGCAAUGGCCUUCUCUCUCAGGCACAGUAGGCUGCUGACCCACCUGAGCCUGGCAGAGAACAACUUGAUGGAUGCGGGAUCGAGGCAUAUCUGGAGUGCUUUGGAAUGUUUAAUGUGUCCUUUGCAGAGACUGGUGCUGAGGCAGUGUGCUUUGACUUCGGCUUGCUGUCAGUAUAUGGCGCCGGCUCUCAAGAACAAUAAAAGCCUGAGAAGUCUGGACCUGAGUUUCAAUCCGCUGAGGGACGAUGGGAUCAUCCUACUCUGUGGAGCACUGAAAGACGCUGACUGCGGCUUGUUAAUUCUGGAGCUGGAACAAUGCGACUUCACCUCCAUCUCUUGCCAGGAUCUGGCAUCCCUGCUCUGUAGCCACAGGAAGCUGAGGCACCUGGAUAUGAGCAAGAAUGUCAUCGGGAUGAAUGGCAUGACGACCUUGAGCCUGAUUUUCACCCACGAGCAGGGAAUACAGGUGGUUCUGAAGAAGAAAACAAAUGAGAAAGUGGACAUGUACACGAGACUAAAGGGUCCUGAAGCAGAGGAUGGCCCUCUGAAGAUCGUGCAAGACUGGGACUCUCAAAGCCUCAAGAUACCAUGGAAGCAAAUGCAGUCAGAUACCCAAGGGACACAUUCUAAUUGAAACGGGACACAGAGGCUGGUUUGCAGGUCCUUCUUCAUCUGGAACAGCCCAGUUUGUUCUAGGGUAUGGUGUGGGCUCAGCCUCCACAGCCCCAUCUGAGUUAGGGACUAUCACCCUGUUCAUAUGCCGAUGAGACUCUUAAAUGGGACCAGGUGGUUAGGAGGGCUGGGAAAUCCCUGUUUCACAUACUGGAGUGCUGGGAGAA